AUGUCUGUAUUCAACAAGCCGAAGCGUAAUAUACGACGACGUCCUUUCAACGAUGAGGAUGAAGAUAAUGAAAACAGAAUGGAAGUGGAGGAUGCGCAACCUAUCAAAGUUAAAGCGAAGAAGAAGGAUAAACCAAAGCAGACGCUCCUCAGUUUCGGAGAGGAGCUGGAAGAAGCGGACGAUGGAGAAGUUUUUAUAGUCAAGAAAUCGUCGAGGAGCAAAAAACUGAUGAAACAACUAGAUCAGGAGAGGAGGAAAAAGAAAGGUGAAGAGAAAAUGCAACUGGACACUGAGCAAGCGAAUAUGUCCUUUAAACAGGAAAAAGAUUUAGAAAUAAAGACAGAUGAUCUAGUAGUUAAAAUAAAGAACACAGGACCGCUGAUUUUAAACGGACGUGCUGCGUUGGCAGCAGGGAAGGAUGACUAUACAUCGGGUGAAGAGGAAGAUGAGCCAUGCAAUCACAAAUUUCGCAAAAAUACAGAUAAAGCAGAAACUAUGAAGAUACUUCUCGAAAGUGGGUGUAUACCAGAUGCAGCUAUGAUCCAUGCAGCAAGAAAACGUAGACAGAAAGCAAGAGAAUUGGGGACUGACUACAUUCCUAUUGAAGAGCAGAGCGAUGAGAAGGGCAAGUCGAGGCUAAUACGAGAGGAAGAUCAUGAUCGAAGUGACGAUGAUGAUUCUCAAGAUCGUAUUGAUAUGACUGUCAACACAGAAGCACGCGACAAGGAAAAGAGGAGAGAAGCGUUUCUUGCUUCUCAAGUUCCAAUAAAACUUUCAGAUAAUGAAAGCGAACAUGAAAAUGAAGAAGAGGAAUGGGAAGCUCAACAAAUACGCAAGGGCGUAACUGGUGCUCAGAUUGCAGCAGCACAGCAAGAUUCUAUGUUACAACAGCAAUACACGAUGGGUAUGAAUGUUAAUCAAAUGAUGGGAACAGGUGUACCUUUAGAGAUGGUAUUAAUGCCAGCACCACCACCACCGCCGUCCAUCCAACCACCAGAUCCGACAAAGAUUGUACCUGUUACACCACAAGAAGUUGUAAAUAGGAUGCGUUCAAGGUUAGAAAAUUUGAAAGAAGUGCAUAGACAACAUCAACAAGAACAGGAGCGUUUAGAGCAAGAAUUGCAGCAAGCCUUGAAAGAAUUGGACGUGGGUGAAAUCCGUACACCGCAUUUUGCACAACGCUUCAGAUAUUACCAAGAGUUGCGUGGGUAUGUCACUGACUUGGUAGAGUGUCUUGAUGAGAAGCUUCCUCUGGUUGUCAAAUUGGAGCAACGCUGGUUAGAUCUGUACGGUGAACGCUCGACCGAAUUGAUGGAACGAAGACGGCAAGAUACGAGAGAUCAAGCGGAAGAAAUAACUACUGCAUCGAGAAAUCAGGGCGUGAGAAGAGGACCGGAAGUAGAAGCUCAUGUACGACGAGCUACGGAGAGGGAAGGUAGAAGAGCCCGUCGUAGGAGAGCGAGAGAAUUGGCUUCAACUUUGCCAAAACAUAUCGAUGGCAUGUCUAGCGACGAUGAAGUCACUGAACAACAAAAUCUUGCGUUUAAACAAGCAAAAGAUGAAAUUGAUAAUGAUUGUAAAGAUAUAUUUUCCGAUGUAUUGGAUGAAUACUGUACAGUACGUGGUAUUCUUUCGAAACUUGAAUCGUGGAGAGAAACUGAUAUGGACGCUUAUACUGAAGCCUAUGUGUCGUUGUGCAUACCCAAAAUGAUUUCACCAAUUAUCAGAUUGCAAUUAGUUACAUGGAAUCCAAUUAUGGAAAGCGCCGACAUAGAGAGAACGAAGUGGUACAAUACAUUACUUUUGUACGCGUUGGACAGUAAAGAGACGGAGGAAUCUUUGAAACAAGAUCCAGACGUUAGAUUAGUACCGUCUACAAUUGAAAAAGUUGUAAUCCCGAAAUUGACAUCUAUCAUCGAGAAAAUAUGGGAUCCAAUGUCAACAUCCCAAACGUUACGUCUUGUGGGCACUAUAAAUCGUUUGAUCAAGGAAUAUCCAAAUCUAAAUGACACGAGCAAACAAUUAGAAACGCUGUUUAAUGCUAUUUUGGAUAAGAUUAAAGCUGCCGUCGAGAAUGAUGUCUUUAUACCAAUUUUUCCAAAACAAGUUUGGGACACAAAGCAUCAAUUUUUUCAAAGGCAAUUUGCAAUGGCUGUUAAGUUGUUACGAAAUUUACUAAGCUGGCAAGGUCUACUCGGAGACAUACAAUUGAAAAAUUUAGCGUUAGGCUCGCUUUUAAAUCGUUAUUUGUUAGCUGGAUUGAGAGUUUCUUCUCCAACCGAUGCUUUAGUCAAGGCAAACAUGGUUAUGAGUACGCUACCAAGAGCAUGGUUACAGGGUGAAACUAUAGAACAUCUUAAAAUGUUUGCCUCCCUCAUUCAACAACUUAGUGAACAAUUGGAUCAAGCAAAUCCUGCACACAAUGAAGCCUGGGAAUACGCCAAAUCCAUCCUGAAAAUAAUUAAACCUUUAUAAUUAAUGUGUUUGAUAAUAAUAAUAAUAAUAUAUAUAAAUGUAUAUAUACAUAUAUAUAUAUAUAUAUAUAUAUAUAUAUAUAU